CGUGCUGCCUUCGGCACGCAUGCCAUAGGUUGCCUACCCCUGAUUUAGACCCCUUCCACAUGUUGAGAAAGUGGUCUGAGUCAAAGAUGGAUUCCCAGAUUACCAACCUGAGGGGGGAUGAUGGUGUAAGUGGGGAGAGCUUGUAGAGGGAAGAUUACGCUCAACAUAGCCAAAACUGGCUGGGUAUCCACAAGAAUAUGUCAGACAGGCCAAUAUUUUAGAUAGGCUUGUGAAUCAUCAGUGUAAAGAUUAGUUAUAAAGCCAUGUCUUCGAAUGAAAUCUGCAAAAGAGGAUGGGGUAUGAAAAGAGGAGGGGGCCAAGAAUGGAGCCUGUUAAACCUGCACUGAAAGCUAGAAUGGGGAUGAGAAUGAUCCUUAGACCAAAAUGCUGAAUGAUUAGAGAGGCAGGAAGAUAGAAUAAGGGCCCAGGCAGGACAAAAUUUCAAAUGAGAGCAUGGUUAACUGGGUUGAAUACAGUUGACUGUGCAAGGAAGGCAAAGAAUACCAAUUCUGAGACUUGAACAGAAAGAGGUUGUUAAGAGACUUUGGUGAACGCUGUUGUACUAAAUUGCAUGCUGAUAUUUUGAAUUAAGUGGAAAUUUGUCUAUGACAAAAUUCAAAGAUGACCUGUUGCUUUGGGGAAAUUUUGCUCAGCAUUCCAGUGAUAGGUAUUUCUAAAGUAGAUCCCUAAUGAAAUGUGUUAUGCUACUUUGUAAAUCAUAGAACUGUAUUCUUCAUUUCUGUUCAAAGUAAACAAAUGGAAAAUUGGUGUUACAUUAUCAGUUUAGGGUAGAACAUUGGAACUUCUAUGUGAGAAUAACUACAUUAAAUAGAUUUAACAUGCUAUUGAUUCCCUAUUUCAGUGGUAGUUUUGUUUUGCAUUGACAGGGACUUGGGGAACAGAAUUGGUAUUCUAAGCCAAUAUUUUGCUCAAAAGCUUGUGUGUGGUUUCCUAUUCAAACCUAACAUAAGAGUGACAGCUGUUGUCGGGUAUGUCUGCACAGCAGCUGGGAGAUGGGAUUCCCAACUCAGGUACACAUACACACAACAACUGUUCGAGCUAGUGCUUAAGAAUAGUUGUGUGGCGGCUGUAGCAGCAAGGGCGGGAGCUUGAACUGAUUGUAUGCUGGCAGCUAAUCAUCCCACCUGACCCUCCAGGGUAUGCACUUGGGUGGCUAGCCAAGCUACCACCCAUGCUGCCUCAGUCACACCAUUAUUCUUAGGUGCUAGUUUAAGCCGAGUUAGUACGUGUAUGUCUACUUGAGCUGGAAAACCCAUCUCCCUGCUGUAGACAUACCCAUAGUGAUUGCAUUAAAGUAGACUACUUGGAUAUUAUUACUGUUACAAAUCAGACCAAUUGUUAUGACAAACUUAAUGUAGUUCAUAGUAGACUGGAUCUGCACUUGAAAUGAAACUUAAAUAUUUUGGUUACUGUUCUCAAUUGACUUUUGAGUUAAGAUCCUAUUGAGAUGAAUGAGGUUCACACCUCCAGAGCAAAUGGUUUGUCUCAUUCUGUAGUUUCAAGAAGAGGCAUCACUCGGUUGUUUCACAUUUGGAAAGAGAUUAGAUUGGGGCCUUGAGCCACUACCACAGUACAAAGACCAAAUAACCAGGACGAGAAUUUUUGUUUUAAUGGCAGCUUAAAUGCUGCAGAGAACACUGAAAUUCAGCUUGUCUUGAUUGCAGGAUUUGUCAUUUGCUUCUAGCAGAAAAAGUGACAGUAUCUGUAAUGAUAUCGUUAAAUCACGAGCCAAAAUUCCAGUCUGAUUUCCCCAUUCCAAAUUAAACUAAUUUAAUUUCUUUCUUUUUCUCUUCUUUCCCUAACAAUGAAUUUGGUUGUUGCCUUUUCUUAUUCCUUGUCAUUUUAGAUCUUAGAACAUGGACUUAUUUAACUGAAUCAAUUUAGAAACUGUUAUAGUGCACCCUCUUGUGUUGACACACUUAUUUUUUUCUACCUUUUCAAUUUAGCUUAAGUUGAUAAAAGCUAAAUUGAUACUAGUCACUCUUAAACUGAAAUGGGUGCACUGAAUUAAUUAACUCUUUCUAAAUUGAUUAAGUUAGUGGCACAACUUUUCUUUCAUAGACAAGAGGCUUCAUUGUCACCUCAUCACAAGCUUCCUCCAUCUGUGCCCACCUGCAUUUCUGGAGUUCAGUACAUUAUGCAUCACAAAAUUCUGGACAUUGCAAAGGCAAGUGCUAGCACUAUGCAGAUGAGAUUUACCUUUUGCUAUGUAUGACUGUACCACUACCACUAGGAUGGUCCAGUGCUUGGAAAAGAUUAGUUUGUGGAUGAAGAAUAGUUGAUUGAAGCUGAACCCAAGCAACAUACAGGGUAUUCACUAAAAAGAUUUGCUGGGAAAAUAAUGAAAUAAAAUAUGGAGUUUUCUAUACUGGAAUAUAUUUCAUGGACCAUGGGGGAGAGAGCCUAUGCUGUUAAAAGGAAAAGGAAGACUCAAGGAAAUGAGAGAACAGCAAUAUAAUACCAGACAAGAAUUUUCUAUUUUUGUAAUGUAUUAAGGCCAUAGCAUUUAAGAAUUCUUUUCCAAUUCAUGUUUUGCAGUAAUACUUUGUUUCAAAGACAUCCCUAGAAGGAAAAGUCAGAUACUGGGUGACAUGCUCAGCAAGAACUUUUAUUCUAACAAAGGUGGACUUUCAGAAUAUUUUAAUUUUAACAGGACAUCAUUAGUUUUAUGGGUUUUUCAUUCUUUUGUAACUUUGGAGACUAAAAACCUUUUUGUGGGGUUACAAAUCUAGUUGACAGACUGUUCCCGAUAAAUAGCCAACAGCUGCAGAAGACAAACUCUUUAAGCGGAUGCCUUUGUACUAUCUGAACAGAAUGCCAUGACUUUGAGGCACUUCUCAUAAGUUCUUCUUUGCCUUAUACUUGUCAUAUCCUUAAAAAUAUUAAAAGUGCAAAGAGCUUGAUUUUUAUAUACAUUUUAAAAAAAAUGGCGUGGGCGAAGUUCUUGCGGAAGCCUGCGGGUAACCUUGGAAAAGUGUAUCAGCCUGGAAGUAUGUUGUCCUUGGCCCCUACCAAAGGCUUGUUAAAUGAGCCAGGACAAAAUAGUUGCUUUCUAAACAGUGCUGUACAGGUUUUAUGGCAGCUUGACAUAUUCCGACGGAGCUUAAGAGGUCUAACUGGACAUAUCUGUCAGGGAGAUGCCUGCAUAUUUUGUGCUUUAAAGACAAUAUUUGCACAGUUUCAACACAGUCGAGAAAAGGCACUCCCAUCAGAUAAUAUGAGGCAUGCCUUGGCUGAAAGCUUUAAAGAUGAACAUCGUUUUCAGCUUGGCUUAAUGGAUGAUGCAGCAGAAUGCUUUGAAAAUAUACUUGAGAGAAUUCAUUUCCACAUUGUGCCAAGCUGUGAAACAGACAUGUGCACUUCUAAAUCCUGCAUCACUCAUCAGAAGUUUGCUAUGACACUAUAUGAACAGUGUGUAUGCCGUAGUUGUGGGGCGUCAUCAGAUCCCUUGCCUUUUACAGAAUUUGUGCGCUACAUUUCUACAACAGCCCUGUGCAAUGAAGUUGACAGAAUGAUGGAAAGGCAUGAGCGUCUCAAGCCAGAAAUGUUUGCAGAAUUGCUACAGGCAGCAAAUACUACUGAUGACUUCAGGAAGUGCCCUAGUAACUGUGGUCAAAAAAUAAAAAUCCGUCGUGUUCUCAUGAACUGCCCUGAGAUUGUGACAAUCGGUUUAGUUUGGGAUUCGGAACAUUCUGACCUGACCGAAGAUGUCAUGCGGAAUCUGGCAACACAACUUCAUCUUCCUGGGCUGUUCUAUAGGGUUACAGAUGAACAGGCCAAGAAUAGUGAACUUUUUCUUGUGGGGAUGAUUUGCUACACGAGUCGACAUUACUGUGCCUUUGCCUUUCAUACCAAGAGUUGCAAGUGGGUGCUGUUUGAUGAUGCUAAUGUGAAAGAGGUUGGAACAAAAUGGAAAGAUGUGGUCUCCAAGUGCAUUCGAUGUCACUUUCAGCCAUUGCUGCUAUUUUAUGCUAACCCAGAUGGUACACCUGUAUCGACAGAAGAUGCCCCAAAGCAUAUAAUUCACUGGUCUCAUUACAAAGCAGCUGCAGGAGAUGACUUGGGAUUUGAGAAGUCAUCCGUUUCAAAGUCAGAUCACACAAAAGAGAAUGGAUUUGGAGAAUGUGCUAGUCAGAAGAGCAUUAAAAAAUUUGAGAUAGACAAUUCAGCCUUCAGUAGAAGCCAUAUUCUAGCAAGUGGUGGUAGAGUGCCAGUUAAGUUGGGGCACAGUGAUCAGAAGGACAAAUUAAAGGACAUCUCCAAAGAGUGUGCCCAGAAGGCAGUUGAUAUGAGAAACUUUUCAUCCUACCUAAGAAAAGAUGCAGAUAGAGGAUCAAGAAGAGACUCUGGGAGACAAAGAGAUCUAAUAGGAGAAGACCGCUCUCAUUUUAAGUCAGGAUCACCUCCUGCUGGAAAUGGAUUUAGACACUACACUGAUCAGCGCCUAUAUGGUAGCCAGGGAAGAGGACCUUACAAACAUGAAAGAGUACCAAACCAAACCAGGCCUGCUGCACAGGUCUUAGGGUCAAAUAAAAGAGAAGUUUUUCCUGCUGGGGAGAAAAUGAUGAGCAGGGUUAGGGCUGACAGUGCCACUGGCUAUGAUACAGACAGCAGUCAAGACUCUAGGGACAAAGGAAGUAUCAGCAGAAGCAGAAACAGAGGUUGGAAACCUAUGCGAGAGACACUAAAUGUGGACAGCAUUUUCAGUGAGACUGAGAAGAAGCAGCAUAGCCCACAACAUAAGGCAAAUCCAAGCAGUAAACCUAAACAUGAAAAGGAGCAGAGCUUUAACAAUUGGCCAAAAGAGAACCAAACCCAGAAAGGGUUAAUGACUAUUUAUGAAGAUGAAACAAAACAGGAGACAGGAAGUAGGAGUUCCUUGGAUUCAGAAGGAAAAGGAAAUACUGAGAAAAUUAAAGGAUUUACAGAGAGAAAAGUCCAUGCUGACAGUUGGCAAAUGCAAAGGACUGAGUCUGGGUACGAAAGUAGUGAUCAUAUCAGCAAUGAAUCUGCCAAUCUGGAUUCACCUAUUGUUGAAGGAACUAGCCCACUGGACAUCAAGGGUAUUAAAGAAACUGUUUCCUGCAGUGACCAGAAUCUGUCGAUCAAAUAUGCUGAAAGUGUGUUGCAGUCUACCUCCCAGCAGACCAGAAACUAUUUUGAUGACUUGAGGAAAGACCAAAUGAAUAUGGAAGCUAAUUACAGACCACACACUAACUUUCCUUCAGAAUCUCAAUUGCAGAUGCACAGUCCUCCACUGAAGAGAGCAGAGAUGCCACACAAGAAAAUAUUCCCUUCAUCGACUCUACAGCCAAAUUUUAAGGACCAUGUUAAGAGAGAAACAAAGAUCAGCAAGUUAAAUGAACAGAGCUCUUCAGAGUGGCUUAAUCCAGAUAAAUUUGAGAAGAUCAGUAUGCCAGUGUACAGUGCUGAAAGCUCAGCCCACCCUUAUAACACUGAACUCUCAGUUGUGUGUGGAAAGAGAGUGAACAACAAUGAAUUUCUCUCAUCCUCUCCGCUGCAGUCUCCUCAUACAAGAACUCUUGGAUCAAAGUCAGGGCUUGCAUCUUUAGUUCAGCAGAAUCUGUUAGAACAGUCCCAUACGGAGUUGUCCUCAUCUGGUGAAUGUGCUGUUCAGUCAUUUGGUAGGACUAAUAAUCUUCAGAUUCCAGAAGUAAUUUACCAAAAUCUUCCACCUCCUUUACCUCCAAAGAAAUAUACUCUGAAUGUUUCGCUAGGAUCAAAAAAUGAAUCUACAGCUGAUGUAACAUUGCCAGAAGUGUUGCAGAGUAAUCUUUCAGGUUUUGAAAGGCAAACAGCUAUUGCUUCAAAAUCUGCAUCAGAAGGUGCAUUUACAAAUGAAGAAAGAUUUAAAGAAACAUUUCAAGGGAAUGAUCACACCAUUCACAAACUGGAUACCGCACCUAGGUCAUCAGUUAAUGACUGUCAGACUGUAUCUGGCAGUAUAUGUAAUAAAGGAUCUCAGCACACAGGACCAAGUGUUAGCUCUCCUGAUGCAAAUGAUAGUGUAUCUCUAACAACCUAUUUUUCAGUAGAUAGCUGCAUGACAGAUACAUACAGGAUGAAAUACCAUCAGAGACCCAAGCUGUAUUUUGCAGACAGUAGCUUCCACAAAGAUAAGCAUCUACCACCAACUGGAAUAGACCUGGGCAUCGUAUACCCUGGUAUUCUUGAUUCCAGUCAUCCCACAUCUGAACAGAGAUACAAACCUAGCAUAGAAGGAAUACAUUGCAACAGGUAGAUUGUCAAAUCCAUUUUCUUAUGCAUUUCACAUGGUCUGCUUAUGGGGCAGGAAGCAUGGACUCCUCAAUGUGUGGUGACAGGUAUCCAGAGCUCAAAAGCUUGUUGACCAACAGAAGUUGGUCCAAUAAAAUAUAUUACCUCACCCACUUUGUGUCUCCCCUAUCCUGGGACGGACAUAGCUACAACACUGCAUACUUAGGUAUCCUGUCAGCUAUGCUUUUAAGAGAUAUGACUGUUUAAAUGAUUCUUCAAAUCUGGGUGAGCAGGGGAAAAGGUGCUAAAGUUUUGGCCAUGGAUUUGUCAUUUUUCUUGCCUUAACAAUGUUUACCUCCAUGUGAUGAUGCUGAAUAAGUUUGUAAGUCUGUUACAAAUGGCCCCCUUAAGUGUGUGCUUUUAAUUAAUACCUAGGUAGAUCAGUCAGCAUAUGAGAUUAACUAAAUAAAAAGUUGUUCAUUUUACUGGAGAACUUAAUACACUUGUGGCUUAGUGCUCACAGACUGAAAAAAGGUAUAAAUUAACCUGUAAUCCUUUAAACUAGCUAGUGAUAUGCUGAUAAACACAGUACCAUACAUGGCAUGGUACAUAGAACAAUAUCUGCUUUAUGAAACCAUUGUUCCUAAUGAGUAACAAUGUGUUACCUAUUUCUUCAUCUGACUUCUGUGAAAGUCUAACUUAAAGGAAAUUAAGUGUCUUUUUUUAAUGCAAGUUUACCCAGAGAAUUGGAUUUUUAGUACUCAAAAUGAUGCCUUAAUGAGUGAUUUUACAAAUUAGUGUAGCCUACGUGAACUACAAACAGAACUUUACAAGGGAAUUGAGAUUUUUUUUUAAAUUAUCCUAAAACUCCAGUUCCCUAUUUGUACACCUUUUUUUAUCCAACUGUUUGCUCCUUAACUUAAAUUCUAGUCAGUGUUCCACAAGCAAAGCCGUGAUAAUUUAACUUAUUACUGAAAUUUAAUUUAGCUAUGUAAGCUACAAAUUAAUAUAGUAGUCUGCAAUGUGCUGUAGAAACAAAUAUAUUUUAGGAUAUGAAGUUGUCACGUAGCUACAACAGAUUAAUUUAAGAAGCAGUACAUUUACAUUCAAGACCUUAUUCUUCAGGUCAGAUUGCAUACAGCUGCAAAAUCAAAUUCAACCCUACUAUGUACUUGUCUGUCUUUUCACCUUCUCUCUUGAAAAUACACCACUAUGGUUCACGUAAACCUGAGCAAAUUUAUGGGAUCAGUCAGUUUGACUUACUGUUACAGAACUUUGUCCCCAGCUAGCAGUCUCCCACUCCAAAACAUUUCUAGACUGUAUUUUCAAUGAAUGGGUAAAUUUACAUCCCCUUUGGGUAGGCUUUUAAUUGAAUCUGCACUCUUUAGGGAGGUUCAGAAUUCAGCUUCACUGUAAUCCGUUAAUGCUUUGUACCAUUUGUUGGCCAUUGAAAUAACUAAUGUAACUUGUAAUGAACGCUACCAAAGCAGGACUGUGUAGAAUGAGUAGUUGAAGCUCCUGGCUUUCUUAAAUGUAAAGGAAAGUGCUUAGAUUUUUAAAAUUGGGUGGUACUGAUUACAAUUAAGUGUAAAAUGCCUUUUAGUUCUGAGCGUAAUGCUACAUAUGUAUGUUAUACUUGCCGUGUGGUCAAACAGGUUUAAAUGUUUUUUUGUAAAUUAUGUGAAUUACAGUGCUUCAACCAAAUGGUGACAGUCAUGUGUAUAUUAAGUUCUCCAAAAUAUAAAACAGAAGCUGUGGUUACUUUGGCAAUGUCCUAAGAUUUGUCAUUUUUAAUAUAAUGCAAACAUGAUAUGCCUCAGACCAAAUAUCUCAAACCAGUCCCUUUAUACUUUUCAGUCACCUAGUAGCAUUUGAAAGAAUUAAUUCUGGAAUUGAUAUUGUUACAUCUAAAGCAAAUACAUUCAACAUGUAUGGAUAUGAAUGCAAGUGAAAUUGAACCUACUGAAAUCCUUACAUUCUGUAUAGGGGAUAAAAUUGGGUGGGGAGAAAGAACUUGAUUUAAAAAUACUUGGAUGUGUGACAGCAUGGAAGAUUCCCACUGUUAAUCUUUUUGUUUGUUAAAAAUAGCUUUUAAAAAUGAAUUUUUAACCCAUACCAGAUAGGCAUUAAUGUACACAGUUAAUUAAAAUUACAUCUUUAAAAAACUUAUAGUACUAGAACUUGUCAAGCUUUUCCAGAAAUCUUGUACACCUCUACCCCAAUAUAAUGUGACCUGAUAUAAUACGAAUUCAGAUAUAACGCGGUAAAGCAGCGCACCAGGGGGGCGGGGCUGCGCGCUCCGGCAGAUCAAAGCGGGUUCUAUAUAACGUAGUAAGACUUUUUUGGCUCCUAAGGACAGCGUUAUAUUGGGGUUGAGGUGUAUUUGAAAUUGCGGUAUUUUAAUGUAUAAAAAGCACAGCAACAACUUAAAAUGUUCUUAAAUGUUCAUAGCAAACAUUCAUACUUCUAUACAAAGGAACAAUGUGACUGCCUAUUAGUAAUACAAACAAGUGAAUUUGGUUUCCAGAAAGCUAGUGAGCAUAAUUGGCGAGUUUAUUCAAGACUAGCUGCUUAGGUUCUUCUGGGGUUCUGAAAUGCAGCAAUCUUCAUUGAAGUCACUUAGAUGAACAUUGAUCUUUCUUUGCUUUGCUUGGAGCUGUCUUUCCAUGCAAAACCUUUUGUAUAUGACCUGUUUACCAGAUAAGUUAUAUGUGCACUAUUAUAUAAAUGACAGCUUCACUUUUUAUAUUUACUCUACAGGUCCUAUGUUUAUUUAAUAUUUAACUAAUGUAUGAUCUGACAUUGAUUUAGCUAGAGUGCCUAUUUAUUUUUUUAUAAAUGUCCUGGUUAUAGAUUUGUAUAACAGACAUUUUGUAAUGUUUUAAUGCAUUUAACAGGUAUUGUAAUAUAUUUUUCAGUCUUUAGAAUUUUAUUUUCAUGCAAAGUUGCAUUUUUCUGCAUGUUCAGACUAUUAGAUUAAAAACUAACUACUUUUGUGGCUACUA